AUGAAUCUUCAUAUAAAGUCAUUAGUAGUAGUAUUAUUGCUGUUGACGGUGGUUGCUAUCGUCAGUGUAUUAUCAUCACCAACAGCAAAUGAAGAAAGAGCUGUACACUAUGAGGAAAGACAUGAUCAUGGCGACGAAGAUAACAUCGUAGAAGAUAAAAGAUUUCAUCAUCAAGAUAGAAACAACAAUAAUAAUAAUGGUGACAAUGAUCAAGAAAAAGAGGAUCGUCUCUAUUCGAAAUGGUUAAAUUCAGAGACUAUAAGUCACUUUAUUGGUAUGACUACAACCAAGGAAUUGAUCAUUGAUAUACCUGUCAACUUUAUCUUUAUUGGUUUUAGUGGAGAGGGUAAUCUUGGUUUUGACCUCGCAUCUGAUACAUUGACUGAAUGGUUUGAACAUUUGGAACAUUCAUUACCUCACAUUAUCGUCCCUUUUGGUGAGGAUUACACUACAAAUGAACGUUAUGAAACUCCUAAAACUCAUAUUCAAUAUAGAUUUAAUAUUCAUGUGAGUAAAGUGAAUCAACUUGUAAAUACUUUAAUUGAAGAUGCAAUCUAUUGGAAUAUGAGACCAGAGGAGGCAGAGUAUCAAGACCGAUUCUAUACUAAUCCCAACCUUGUCACUUCACUCUUGUCGUCGUUGUCAAUGCAUCUUGGACUUGGUGAAAAGUCUUAUACAUUGUAUAUUUUAAAUCCAAACAAUCCAUUACCAGAGUACGCACUCUAUGGUUAUCGAACGGGAUUUGCAAAUGAAGAGUUGGAGGAACUUUAUCGAGCUGGUCAGACAGGUCCCAAGAUUGUACACGAUGUCUAUGGUAACAAUGGUUAUCAAUUUGCUUUUGAACGUAUCGACAAGAACGAAGAACCAGGUGAGAUUGUAAAGAUCAACACUACAUCGACAACUGGAACGACGACGGCUACGGGAUCGAAAACAUCAAGUAUAUGGUAUAGAGAUGUUGGUCUACAAUCCAAAGAAUGGGCUGAACAAAUAUCAAGUAAAUUUAAUCGAUAUAGAAACAAAUCAGAUAGUCUCUCUGCACCUCUGUACAACUUUGAUUGUGAGGAUCAUGAAUCUGACCAACAAUGUAAAGAAAGAUUAAGGAAAAAGACACCAAUCAACAAUGCCAAAGUAUUACUUCAAGAUGGUAGUCCAGAGGAAAAGUAUUAUGUAAUCAAUUCACAACAAUAUCAUCUAAGUGAAAAUUGUUUAGUAGAUUCUUGGAUUUCAGAAAAAAGAUUUACAUUUAUAGAUUUAACAGCAGGACCAUUUGAAUGGGGACCAGCAAUUGGUGGAACAGGAUUAAAAUCAAAUAUAUCUUUACCAAAGAUUCCAAAGAUUAAUUUGUCGACCGAUUUUAAGAGACAACAAAAAGAACAAUCGAUCACACUCGAAGAUGUGACACAAAAGAUUGCAUCAGAGUUGACUUUGAUCGAUACUCUACUCGAAAUCAAUUGUAUGAAUGGAUUGCACGACGAACAAGAUCCAAAUACAAUGACUGACGAUCAAGAGUUUUCUUGUCAAAAUCUACUCAAAUCAAAAUAUGAAUUAAAUCAAAUAUUACAAGAAAAGAAAACUGAUGAUAUCGAUUCCUUAUUAGAUAAAAUUGAUGAAGUUGAUUUCUUAUUAGGAAAUUAUUAUGAAUACUUUGAAGAUAAUGAACAAAACAAAUUCAAAGCACAUCUUUCAUCAGUUUUAUCAGAUAGUAUUAGAUAUUUAAUAGCUCAACCUCAACCUUUAUUUUCAGUUAAAUAUUCAAAUAGAGUUAAUUUCCAUGUUUUAAUUAUUAGUGAUCAUAAGAAUUAUAAUCCAAGAGAUUCAUUUAAUUUUAAUUAUGAUUUAUUUAAAGAAGAGAUUAGUAAAUUAAAGACAACUUCACAAGAGUUUAGUUUUACAAUUAGUACCAUUUCAAUGGAAGAAGAACCAUCUUUGGCAUUGGCAUAUCAAAGUUCACUUCGAACUGUACUUUUACCAUCGAUUACCGAUGAUGGUAAAUUUGAAACUAAAUUACAUUAUUAUAUUGAUUCAAAGGAAAUUAAAUAUCAAUUAAAUAGAUUGGAUCCUGAUAAACAUGAUUCAGAAGGAAUAAUGGAAUCAAAACAUAUACCAAUAUUUAUAUUCUCAUUGGAUUCUAAACAUCCAGUAUUUAUUGAUAAGAAUCUACAAGCAAAGACAUUAAAUAAUAUGGUGAUCGGAGUACAAACCAAUAUUGUUGGUUAUGAAAGCUCGACAUUUUCAUGUAAUGGCAAAAAGACUAAACUCUAUUUGAAUAACCCAUUGACACCCAUCUUGGCUGCCACAGCUACUGCGUUGGGUGGACUUGUACCACAAUACAUAUCAUACAGUCAAGCUCAACAAACCACCAUACAAAAUUGGCAAUGGGCAGUUGGAAACUCACCAUUUUCAAAAACCUUUACCUAUCCAUUCUCUCACUUUUCACAAUACCAAAAGGAUUCUAUUCAUCGUAAUUAUAUAAUGUCUUCAUUGGAACGUUCAAUUACAAAAACAAAUUAUGCAAUUUCAUUAUUAAAUAUUAAACCUUCAAUUAAAAGUUAUUCAUUAUUUAUUGAACAAUAUCCAUAUAUUGAAUUAUUGGCACAAUUUAUGGAAAUUAAAAAUCAAUGGAGAGAAUCAUUAAAAUCAAUCGAAGAAUUUAAUUAUUCAAAAGGAAUUAAAUUUGCAAUCGAUGCUGAAAAGAAUAGUCAUUUGUUAUUACAAAAAGUAGAAUUAAUUGAAACAAGUAUUAAUAUAUCAAUGUGUAAACCAAAGGCUAGUAUCAAGGGAGGGGGAUUCCUUUGUGAGAAAUCAGAAUCAUCAUUCUUUGAUGGUGAAACUUGUGAUUUUUAUACUAAAUAA